AUGCUCCCAGGCAAGCCACCUCCCGACUUCCGAGUUCUCAUCCAUGGCGUCAACUUCGCCCUCAACAAGGUAAUCCAAGAGCCCGAAACCCUAACUCUCCCCUCCAUCCAUCCGUCUUCUUCCUCUUCUUCUUCUUCUUCUUCUUCGUCUGCAACCCUAACUCCGCCUCGCAGAGAUGCAUGGCUCUGCGGUCGGCGAGGAUAGCGAGGAUGCUGACAGAGGAGGAGGAAGGAGAGGAGCGGCAGCGGCAGGGCGGAGUCGCCCACGAGCUGGCGGAUGCGCCGGCGGACCCGGCGGCGUUCGAGGUGGUGGCGAGGUUCUGCCACGGCUACUUGCCGGAGCUCUCGCCGGAGAACGUCGUCCCCGUCAUCUGUGUCGCCUCCUUCCUGGAGAUGACGGAGGAGCACAGCCCCGAGAACCUCCUCCAGCGAGCUCUCUCCUUUUUCUCCUCCCACGUCCUCCCCCACUGGAACGAGACCCUCCGGUGUCUCCGCGGCGGCGCUGCAGUCCUCCCCCACGCCGGCCGCCUCGGCCUCACCGACGACAUCCUCCACUCCGUCGCCGACAAGGUCCUCGCCGAGCCCCUCCUCCUACGCAACCCCGUGGAGGCCUGCGAUGACCAGAAGGUGAAGAGGAGGCUCUUCGUGGUGGACUGGUUCGCCGAGGACCUUACUGACCUGGGGCUCGACCUCUUCGUCAUGGCCAUAGCCGCUGUCGCCGACGCCGGCGCGCCGCCCACGGAGGUGGCCCGCUGCCUCCUCCGCUACGCCAGGAAGAGGGCCCGCGUGGGGGCCUCCCCUGGGGAGGAGUACGAGUGGAACUCCCACCGGCGCGUUGUGGAGACCGUGGAGAAGCUUCUCCCCAGGGAGAAGGAAGCUCUGCAGAUCAAGCCGCUGUUUCAGAUGCUCCAGUCGGCGAUCUUCUUACGGGCGAGAGAGGAAUGUCGGAGAGGGCUGGAGGAGAGGAUAGGGAGUCUACUGGCGGAGGCCGCCGUGGAGGACCUCUUCAUCCCCUGCCACGGCUACGCGAGGGAGACCCGGCACGACGUGGGCUGCGUGGAGAGGGUGGUGGCGCAGUUCUGCAACGCCGCCGCCGCCGGCGGGGGAUCGCCGGAGCUGGGGAGGGUGGCAGAGCUCUUCGAGGGGUACCUGGCGGAGGCAGCGGCGGCGGACGGGGGGCUGACGAAGGAGAUGUUCGCGGGGCUGCUGAGGAUGCUGGCGUGGCUGCUCGGCGCCGCCGGGCGCGGCGGCGAUGGGGUUUACAGGGCGGUGGACGCCUACUUCUGCGCGCACGGGGAGUUGACGGAGUCGGAGAGGGAGGAGAUAUGCAGGGCGGCGCUGGACUGCCGGCGGCUGUCGCCGGCGGUGUGCGAGCAAGCGGCGCAGAACGAGAGGAUGCCGCUGCGGGUGGUGGCGCAGGUGCUCUACGUGGGGCAGAUGCACAUCCGCGAGGCCAUCUGUGGGGCACUCAAGGACUCCGAGGGAGAGCCUAGCGAGAGUGGGCAGACCACCACCAAGUCCGGCGAGGACGAGGAAGAAGAAGAUGAUGAAGAAAGAGAAGAAAGAGAAGAAAAUGAGGAGUGCGAGAUGGGGACCUGCGGCCACUGCGGGGGGGUUGCAGAAGGGGAGAGGAGACAGAGGAAGAAGAAGAAGAAGGUAGGGUUUUGGAGGGAGAUGAAGUGGAAGCUGGGGUGCAAGGAUGCGGCGUACGCCUGCAACUGUAGCCUGAGGAAGGUGCAUCCGGUAGGCUGA